AUGGAAGAUGAUAAAUAUAAUAAAAAGAAGAAUAGAAAAUCAUCAAAUAAUGGAUAUUGUGGAAUUAUAAAAAAAACAAUUUUAUAUUUAUUUUUAGGGUUAAUCUUUAUAAUCACUUUUAACACAAUAAGAUUUACAUCUAAACAACCAAAUACCGAACCAUUAACAGAUGACCAUAUAGACUCUUUUACAACAUUAACAGAAAUGGAAUUAGCUCAAAGAUUAUCAAAUGCCAUAAAAUUUGAAACAAUUUCAUUUGGUGAAAAUGAAGAAUUUGGCUAUUGUAAAGACGAGUUUAAAAAACUACAUGGAUAUUUUAAAGAGAUUUUCCCAAGAGUUAAUAAGCAUUUAGAAUUAACAGUUAUAAAUAAUUAUAGUUUGGUUUAUCAUUGGAAAGGUAUGGAUAGCAGUUUAAAACCAAUUUUACUUUGUGGCCAUAUGGAUGUCGUACCAAUUUUAAAUAGAGAGAGAUGGACUUAUGCCCCAUUUGAGGGUAAAAUUCAAGAUGGAUAUAUCUGGGGUAGAGGAUCUAUGGACGAUAAACAAACUGUGAUGUCAAUUUUGGAGUCUAUCGAGGAUCUUUUAGCUCAAGGCUAUAAACCCCAACGUUCAUUUUAUUUAGCAUUUGGUCACGAUGAAGAAUUGGGUGGUGAUGAAGGUGCAAAAUUCAUUAAUGAACACUUUACUAAAGCCAAGAUUGGACCAUUCGAAUAUAUUUUAGAUGAAGGUUUACCCAUUAUCGUUCCACCUGUAUUCCCAGGUCUAAAUAAACCAAUUGCCGCUGUAGGUGUUACUGAAAAAGGCUACGUAAAUGUUCAUUUGAAUGUAGAAAUUGAAGGAGGUCACUCAUCAAUGCCAAAACGUGAAAGCGCUAUUGGAGUUUUAGCUAAAGCAGUUUCUAAAGUAGAAGCGAAUCCACCAUCUCCAUCAUUAUCUCAAAUUAGAAAGCUAUUUGAUUUCGUUGGUAGAGAAUGUACAUUACCAUACAGAAUUAUAUUUUCAAAUCUUUGGUUAUUCGAACCAAUUUUAGUUAAGGUAUUAUCUGGUAAACCAACACUUGAUACCUUGCAAAGAACCACUACAGCCCUCACUAUUUUCAAUGCAGGUAAUAAAGCAAAUGUUCUUCCACAUCAAGCUUCUGCUUUAAUUAAUUUCCGUGUAGCUCCAGGUAAUACUGUCGACGAAAUUAUUGAACAUGUCAGAAAGACUAUCAAUGAUGAACGUGUUGUCAUUACAUCAUCACAAAAAACCGAACCAGCACCAGUAUCAUCAACUGAUGAUCCAUCAUUCAAACUUAUUCAAACUACAGUUUUACAAGAAUAUCCUGAUGUUAUUGUUGCACCAACUAUUAUGGUUGCAAAUACAGAUACUAAACAUUAUUGGAAUCUCUCUAAAAACAUCUACAGAUUCAAUCCAUUAUACCUCGAAAAUAGUGAUUUGGCAAGAUUCCAUGGUAUUGAUGAAAGAAUUUCAAUUAAAAACUAUAAGCAAUUUGUCGAUUUUUAUUAUCAUUUAAUUAAAAAUAGUGAUAGACCCUUAAAUUAA